AGUGGGAGGGCCCGUCAUCUGACUUUAGCGGGCAGCAGGAAUAAAGUGGGUGUUGUGCUGUGGUGUUUGGCUCGGUGCGAUGCGUCUUCAUGUCUGCUACUAAACACACGAGCAGCGGUUCACUGUGCUUGCGGACUACGGCGGAGGGAUCGUCCCAGAGCAGCGCGAGCAUCCGUCUGUUGAGGCCAGCAGGCCAGCAGCAGUGCAGCAGGGGAAGCUAGCUCCAACCCCGCUAAGACUCAGUGACAGCAGUCCCGGAGCCAGGCAGAGUCGGUGAGCCAUGGGUUUCCGCAAGAAGAACAAGAGCCCACCGGUGCUGAGCCACGAGUUUGUGAUCCAGAAUCACGCCGAUAUGGUGUCGUGCCUGGCCAUGAUCAUCCUCCUUGGCCUGAUGUUUGAGGUCACAGCGAAGUUUGCCAUCAUGUUCAUCACAGUUCAGUACAACGUAACUCAAGUUCUUGAUGAGAAAAGCGACCCAGUCAACCUUUACCAGUAUGGCCCUAAAGACGUGGCCACUGUGUUUUUUUACCUUCUUAUUGCAGUCAUCCUUCAUGCCUUGAUACAAGAAUAUAUUCUCGACAAAAUGAACAGGAGGUUGCACCUGUCAAAAACCAAGCACAGCAAGUUCAAUGAGUCCGGGCAGCUCGCAGCGUUCUAUCUGUUCUCCUUCAUCUGGGGCUGCAGCAUCCUAACAGCGGAGGACUUUGCAACAAAUCCUACUUUCUUAUGGGAGGGUUACCCACAUACUCGCAUGGUUUUUCAGGUCAAGUUCUUCUACAUUUGCCAAAUUGCGUAUUGGCUCCACGCACUUCCUGAGCUGUACUUUCAAAAAGUACGGAAGGAAGACAUCCCCCGCCAGCUUUAUUACAUUUGCCUUUAUGUUGUCCACAUCACCGGUGCCUAUGUCUUAAACCUUCACCGACUGGGCCUCGUGUUGCUGGUCCCUCACUACCUGGUGGAGCUUCUGUUCCAUGCUUCACGCCUCUUCUACUUCAGUGAUGAGAACAAGCAAAAAGGUUUUACUCUGUGGGCACUGCUUUUUGUCAUCGCCCGCCUCCUCACCCUCACACUCUCGGUUCUGACAUUCGGUUUUGGCCUGCCCCGAACAGAAAACCAGGGCUUUUCCCUAGCUGAAGGCAACUUCAAUGUGCUCACCAUAAGGAUGACUUGUCUGGCAGCUAUCUGCCUGACACAGGCCUGGAUGAUGUGGAAAUUCAUUAAUUUCCAGUUGAAGAAGUGGCGAGAGCACAGCCAGAACCAAGCCUCAAAGAAGAAGGCUGCCAGCCCAAAGAGCAAGCCUCACAAAAGGGAACCCACAAGGGGUGGAGCUGCCAAUGGAGUUGUCAAAUCUGAAGAUAAAACCUCACCACGGGCAAGGAAAGCUAAAGCCUCAUAGAGCUUCACAGAGGAGGAGGGGAACGAGUGAGGGAGUUCUGACAAUGUGACGCUUUGUCUUUACACAGCUUAAAAUUAUGUCUACUGCUCCCCAAAACAAAUGUUUAAGCACGCUAGGAAACCUUACAUGACUGUCCCUUUUGGGGGGGCUGAGACUCCUUUCCAGCAAAGUUCAGUGUUACUGUCUGCUAGAAGUGUUUAUUAUUCAUUUGGGUUCGCCGGAGAUGUUGAGAGGGCAGUUGUGGUUUUGAUGCUUUAACAGGAUGGAUUUAGCUAAUCAAGUGUCCUUUUGUGUAAAACUAAGAUCGCUUGUCGGGUACUUUAAACUGAGUUGCUCUUUGGUAAUUUGACACCGAAUCAAGUUAACGUCACACUACCUUAAAAAGCCACCCACUUCAGGGCAACUUAAUAUAAAGUAUUAGCGUACACAUCAGCUGUACAGGGUGUCAGUUAGAGUUUGGGCCUUUAUUCCAUUUGGGGGGAAAAAAACAAAAAAAACACAGGCUAUGGCUCGUGUUCCAAAAUGUAAAGCCUUUCUUGCUCUACAAGAGAGAAUCUUUGAUAAUCUGCCGUUGUCAGGAAAAAUCUCUUAAAUUAUUCACUCCAAAGGAAUGUUUGUGCUAUUUCCAUAUUUAGUGUAGCUGCAGUGAGAAAGGUGAAACUUGUACUCAACUCCUUGAUCGUGUACUGCCAUCAUUUAACAGCACCUGCCAUUGAAAUCCAACACGUUGCAGGAUUGAGGCACUGUUAUAUUUGAGACUGCUUUUAUCACUACCCUGGUGAUCGGCCUGUUGAGCCCUUUUCAGACAUGGGUGAUGUAACCUCGCUGGCUUCAUCGGUCUGUUUAAGUGAUGGCGUUCUGUCGUUCAAACAGGGAUCACUUUUCUGUUGGCGUUUUUCACGGUACGAUGGAUUGGGAAUAUGGAAAAAUGCAACACAGAGCAUUGUUAUAAUCCUAAUCUUAUUGCAGAUUACAAAUGGAUUUGGUGAGAUAAAAUGUCACCGUAUUCAUGUUAUUGCUGUUGGGAUGUUUUUGGGCUGCAGCAGCUCACAAACAUGUCUAUGUCCCUAUGCGAUUACAUUUAGACUGGUGUUUGAAUUGUGAUGUGUAAAUGUUAUUGGCUUGACUUUUACAGCAAAGUCACCAGGAAGCCAACAUGGUCCAACAUGUCUGAAAGGGGCUUUUACAGCUGUUCCUCCAGGUGAACUGACUUGCCAAGAGGAAGCUGCACUGUAACCUGUGAUGCCGCCACCGUAUGCAUUCAGUUAAAUCUUUACAAUGGCAUGACUGGAAGUUAGAAGGGGAAAAAGAACAACAAUUUGAGGCUGCACUUAUCUCUUUUUAUAUGGUAAUGUAUGCAUGACGGUUUAAGGCUAAAGACUUUAAUGGCUAGUUCUUACCUGUGCUGUUAAGUUUGCGUUUCUCUCUCACUCUCACACACACACAAAACACACACACAAGCAUUCAGUGGCCUUUUUACAACUGCUGCAAGAGGUUUGAGUUAUUUAUUUUUGUCAUAAGCUACAGAUACUUAUUAUUUUAUAUGCUUUGAAAAGCUAUAACCAGCAAACACUGCGGUACAUAGCAAAACUGCAUUUAGUUAAUCCAAACAAUACAAUCUUUCUUCAAGUGUCCUUAUAAUGUUGGUGGUUUAUAUCACUGCUUGUGUUCUGUUGUGUUUGCCUUUCUAUCUUUACUUUUGUUUGUUUGUGUUCUUGGGCAUCAGGGGACAAGCAUUUCACCACUUACACCAUAAGCUGCAUCCGAGAGCAAUGGGAGGCAUGUUUGUAUGCUUGUGCACUUACUCGUGUGUGUGCAAUAUUGUUUUGCCUACUGUGUAUGUUUGUGAAUUAACAGGGCCUGAAUGAUGUUGAUGCUGAUGAUGGUCUCAGAGCAUGAAAUUUGACAAUCUGUUCAUCGACUCCUGCCCGUUGGUUGUAUUUUCACAGUAAUAUCCUGUUCUUUGAUUCUCUUUGGGUCUUUCUCGGUUCCCGGCACACUUCUGUGUGCAAAAAACACCGAGUUGUGGGUUAGGUGUAUGUUCUGUAGGCUUUCGGUUACUAAAUGCUUAUGUGUUUAAUGUCUCCGCCUCUCAGAUGUUCUAUCCUGUGUGAGAGAGAUUCUCUGAUUGCCAAAUGCGGCACGUUUUUUGUCCUCCUUUCUUCACCUUUUCAGUGAUCCUGACAUUGCUACGGAGCACAUGUAUUGUAUUGCCGGUCAAACUCUUUCCUCUCACGGACCAAGUCCUGCUCUACUACUAAACCACUGUGCAUGCGAAGCUCUGUACAGAAGAGACUGUCUGCACACAGCUGGAGUCUGGAGUCUUAGUCUAGAGCAGGGAGGAGGUGAAGAUGCCAUUCAUUUCGUACUCCCUUUAGCGCUCCUUAGUGGGACUUGGGCUGUCUUUUAAAGCCUGUAGUCUGUGUAUAGCAGUGUCAAAGGAGGGAAGGAAGAGCGGAGGACUUAUGUACCAGCCUGUUAUUAAAUUGUCUCAGAUGUAAAAGAUACAAAAAAAAAAAAACUGACUUAACCCUACACUGUACUAAUGUAUGUAUCAGAUUUUUAAGCUAUUUUUAUAGAGGGAAACUGUUGAAAUUCACUGUUCAGUACACACGUGAAUAUUUGAUUUGCAUCUAUGUUAUGAAUUGUUUUUGUUUGUUUUUAUAUACAAAAGAACUGUUUGCUGAACUGUUAGUGUGGGUAUACAUAGUGAUAUGAGUGUAAAUUUUACUUAGCCUAAUGGUUUAUAUAACUUCAUGGCCUUACUAGAGCAAAGUGAACUCGGUUGUAUAACACUACGCUGCAGAAAUGCAUUGCAGCUUUCACAACAUGCAUAUUUAACACGAUGGUGAAAUACACUGUCAUAAUGUCAUCCACACGUUAGGAUUUUUUCUUUUCUCUAUUUUGUUUGUGUCAUUCUGACAGGUAAGAGGCCUGUUUUUAAAGCUAGCAGUGCAGAGUGAAAGCAUCUGUGGCCUUUUCUUGCUCAUCGGAUGUCUCACUGUGCACCAAUCAGGCCCUGAAUCAUGAGCCACACCGUGGUUGAAGGCUCCUUCGCUUUGAGACACAAUAGCUUGUAUAAUCCCACGGAAAUAAGCUUUUUUUUUUCUUGCUUUUUUUGCAUCAUUUGUGCAAAAAAUGAAUUACUAUGGACCAUAACACUGCUCACUUAAGGCUGUUUCUGCAUUGAUUCUAUUUGGUGAAUUAUAAAUUGGAGUUAAAAAUCUGUGCAUUUUUGCCAUUGUUGAAAAUCAAGACUACAAUGAAUUAGCUGUAUGAACAGCCUCUAGGUGGCAACCAUCAUUAAUGCAUUUGAACAUGAAAUCACUUUUAAGAGGAGGAGAAAAAAGAAAAGAAAGAAAACAGGAAAAAACCUACAAAGAAAAGCCACACGAUGUUUAUUGUAUUUUACUCAUUUUGCAUUGUCCUUAUUUGUUUUUCUUUUGCUGCUUAUUUAUAGAUGUUGCAAUAUUUUUUUUUUCCUUUAAAAUAUGUUAUCAGCUUUGAUGGUAUAUAUUUAUGCAAAUUCUUGUGAGUUCUGAUCAUUUUUCUUGCCACUUUUUUUUUUUUUUUUAAUUUCAUGUUUUCAAUAAA